AUGAUAUGUUCAGGCAUUUUGACGAAAGGGUGUCGCAAGAAGUUGAAGCCCCGGCAGGUGUUCCUCUUCAACGACAUCCUUGUCUACGGAAGUAUUAUAAUCAACAAAAAGAAAUACAACAGACAACACAUCAUUCCUCUGGAAAACGUCAAACUCGAUAAUCUGGACGACGAGGACAGCGAUAAUCUGCGGUUCGGCUGGCAAAUCAAAACGCCGACCAAAUCGUUUGCCGUAUACGCGGCCACAGCCACAGAAAAGGUUGAAUGGAUGGCACACAUCAACAAAUGUGUGGACGAACUCAUCAAAGCCGGGAACCGUCCGGCCGAAGAACACGCGGCUGUUUGGAAACCCGACAAGACAUCCAAUAUCUGUAUGCAUUGCAAGAAAACUCAAUUCACUGUUAUUAACAGAAGGCAUCACUGUCGAAGCUGUGGUGAUGUGGUGUGCGGGCAGUGCUCUAAAAGUAAAUUCUUGAUUCCCAACCAAUCUGCAAAACCGGUUCGAGUCUGUGAUGGAUGUUAUGAUAAAUUGGGAAAAAUGAGGACCAGUUUUAAAGAGAAGAAUAAUACAGACAUACAAUCGGACGGAAAAGCUAUGAAUAAAAUUGAAAACAUGAAUGAAUCGUCCGAUUCUGAAGACGACGACAGCCCUCAGAACCUCAGCAAAAGGCAAACAGAGGAUGACAUGUGUCGGAGUCUCGAAGAUCUUACUAUCGAUGAAAAGCCCACUUUUUAUGGCUCUAUUACGAAGCCUGAAGACAAACGACUCAGCGCUUAGUCUAAGACCAACAAUACUUACAGUGAGAUUUGAAACGUGCCUUUCAGUCGGAAUUGAUGCCUAAAUCUAUGAAAACAUUUUUACAUCAUUUACUGUUAAAAAUACAUUUUUUGAGGCAAUUAUCGAAUUCUAUAUUUUAUAGACAAUUAUAUUUCAUAAAAA